AUGGAGAACAACGAAUACUUGCAGGAGAGGUUACUUCAAAGAGCGCCAACAAUAACAGAGAGGUCGAAAAAGGUGCGGCGGGUCCCUGGUUCCAGCGGGAGGCUCCACAAGACGGAGGACGGCGAGUGGGAGUGGAGCGACGAGGAGCUGGAUGUGGAGAGCGAGGAGGGCAAGGCCGCCGUCGCCGCCUUGAGGUCGCCCAGAGUGAAGGAGGGAUCCGAAAGUUCUGAGGACUUUGUGGCUACGGAGGCCUCAAGUAGUCAUCUCCAGCCCCCGGCCGCGGGUCAGCCCCAGCUACCUCAUGCAGCAGGCCAGGCUCUGCUGCAGCCCACACAGCCCAACUCCCAACCCACUACCCAGGCUGCAGGCCCCGGCCUUCCCACUGCUGCUUUGUCUGCUCAGAUCCUAACAUCAACAAGUGAUCCUAAGGCCCCCAUCAGCCUGGUGUUACGGUUAAGAAAUUUAAAGAAGGAACUAAAUGACAUCCGCUUUGAAUUCAUGCCAGGACGAGACACGGCUGACGGCGUCUCUCAGGAGUUGGUCUCCGCAGGCCUUGUUGACGGCAGGGAUUUAGUUAUAGUUGCUGCUAAUUUGCAAAAAAUUGUGGAUGAGCCUCAGUCGAACCGAAAUGUGACCUUCAAAUUGGCCUCUGGGGUGGAGGCCAGUGAAAUACCAGACGACGUCAAGCUGAUGGGCUUCGCUCAGCUCAGUAUUAGUUAAACAAAUGGGACUUGCCUAAAAGAAUGUAAAAAAAAUAAAUCAUAUGCAUUUUUGUUUAAUUCUCUGGCCGUAAAGAAACCACUACUGCCAACGAAGAGAGGCAGCAUGCCUGCCAGCGGGGGCCAGGACACCGCAGCGGACUAUAACAGUAACAGGGUUUACAGUAUAUAUGUAGGAUGAAGUAUCUGACGUCUUUAACGUCCAUGCUCUCUGCUCUCCCGCUCUUACUCUGUGUCAUGUUCUGCAUCUUCCCCAUCUGAAGCACUAAAACCUGCUCCCUGUAACAAGGCCUUAUCUAUAUCACAUCUGAAGCCCUUAAACCUGCUCCCUGUAACAAGGCCUUAUCUUCAUCACAUCUGAAGCCCUUAAACCUGCUCCCUGUAACAAGGCCUUAUCUUCAUCUCAGCUGCUGAACGGGUCCCUCGCCUCCCCACAAAACCACAUGAAAGUGGUUUAUAUUGCUGAUGUUUUAGUUUAUUUGUUCUUUUUUUCUAUUUUCUUUUGGUUGGAGGGGGACUCAAUCAGAAGCCAGCCUGAUGUGGAACCGUUACAGGCAUUGAGCUUCAAAAAGCAACGCGGGUCGCCCACAUCGUCACGUCGCGCAACAGUCAACUGAUAAAUAAUGACUCACUAAAACCUUCACAUAAGCCAAAACAACUUCAAUACAGCAUUGCUUUACCCCUUAAGGCCGUGUUCACAUCUAGCGAUUUUUGUAAUAGGGAAAGGUUGAUCCGACCGUUUUUUUCAAAAAAAGAAGAAGCUGGCAGCGUUUUUUUGUCCUAAAAGCACUGGGAGCGUUUUUUUUAUCGCUUAGGAACCAAUUCUAGACCCGACAUUACCCGCCUACUACGUAUCCCGGCUAGAGCCCAUUAGACAUGUCAUAGAUCUCGACAUGUUCUGUAAUUAAAACUAUUAAUCGCUCCACCGGCACUUUCCCCGAGUGAUUUGUCCGCCAUUGUUUCUUGUUUUGACAGUGAGUUUCCUCUCACUGUGUCAAUGUUCCGCUUUUGAUUGGUCAGUUGCCAAAAAGACCCCUGACGUCGGCCGCUUUCUUCCUGAAAGUUGAACUUUUUUCAACGCUCCGUAUGGAAGAAAAAAACGCUGGGAGAGGCGUUUAAAAAAACGGCUGUGACUUUUUCCAGAAACGCUCUGCUCCAUAGGAAUAUAAUGUAAAACAAGCGCUGGCAAAUUUAAAAAAAACGCUAGAUGUGAACACGGCCUAACCCGUCAUGGCUGUAUUGGCAUGUCACCUGCUGCUAGAGCUGCUGAAGUGGAGCCAAGGAGCGCUAGUCCGGCUGGAUCCAGUCAAUGUGGGUUUAAACGUUGUAGUUUUAUCCGCGCCAAGUGGACGACUGAUUGUUCAGUUACAAAAGUGAAACCGUCAGGGAUGAUGUAAGAAUAUGUAAGGAUAAUAUUUACUUUUAUUUUGGUUUUCUUUUCCGAUUGGUGGUGUCCUAGUAGUGCAUAUAAAACCUAUAACUAAUUGAUCUAAUGUCAUCUCUGAAGGCCUACAUCAAACCUAUUUUUCCUUCCUUUGUGUUUUGUUUUAAUGGAGGGUAGCAUUCCGGCCUUGUGUACCAAAUCACUGUUAGGACUUUCCAUAAAAGUGAAUAUAUUAAAGUUUGUAAAUUAAUGUUUUUCACCAACAUCACUGGAAGCCACAAGUGUUGUAUGAGCAAAUAUGUGUACUGUUUGUCUGUCGGUGUAUUAUGCGAUUUCUCUGUUUGGAAUCUAAUUCUCAAAGACUUUAAAGUGCAUAUUUGCUUAUUUGGAAGAACAAUUCGUACUUAACUUAACUUCUAGUACGUAAAUAAGACCAUAUGGCUUUGAUUUGUUUUUAUAUCUUGAUAUUUCAUUUUUUCUUCUCUUUUCUGUCCUAUGAGAAGAUUUGGGAUUGUAGCGGGGGAAAGGAAAACGACAGGAAAGGAAAUGUAAUGUUUAAUUCUUCUGUUUUUGCAAUCCACACCGUUGGUAUGUUUCAAAUGUGGCUUAUUCACGCAGGUUCGAAGUCCUAUGCUUGAACACAUUACGCUGGGAUUCAGCCGUUGUCGGGCAACAAUACAAGGCCUGUCCAGGUCACUUUCUUUAAUCCUGAGCUAAGUCAAUAAAGAGUUCUCACACUCAUUUAAGAUUUCAAAAUGGCUGCUUAUUAUAACACAUCCCGUGUCACGAGUUUGUGGGUCACUUCAUCUUAAAGAUGUCUUUUAAUACACAGAACCAUGUCACCAAGAUGUGCGUUAAUACAACCCACUGGCAUUGACCUCCAUAGGAAAUAUGUAUUACCUAUUGGUAAUAUUAUAGGUAAAAGUAUGACCUAUGGAUCUGUGUGUCUUAAGACCAACUCAAAUUUGUGAGGACUGAAAGAAGAUGCUGAGUAUCUCAUACCCCAGCCUUCUGCCAUGUUUCAUUUCUUGGUGUUGAGGUUUCAGUUGAGACCUUCCUCUCCUGGUGAUUUUUGUCUCUUUAAGAGGUGUGGUCAAAUGGCAGGUUUUCCCCUAACGUACAGCAAGGAGCAGAGCAUCUAGCUAAUAUUAAAGGUUCAAACACGCAGCAUUGAUGCCAUUGCCUGUAGUCGAACGGGCAUGGAUUUGGAUUUGUCAAACCAGUGUUGGCCAGACUGUACCCCUGAGGAAUCCUUGACACUUCACCCCUCUCUCAAACAUAACCUGCUGGGUCUUUAUCUCAUGCUGAUCAAACUGAGGACACUCAGACACGGGUUUCUUCUUUUUUUUUUUUUUUUUGUGUUCAACUCAGUAGUAUCACCACACUGAUGUAUUUACACUAUCCACUCAUUUUCAGUUUUCCAUGCUUGGUUCUUAUAGAUUAUUUGAGAGUUGACUGCAUGUUUGAUUCAUUGUUUCAAUCAAUAAAGAAUGAACAUAUCCAAACAGAUUUGACUGGUUGCCA